AAUCAGGUGUGAAGCAUCGUUAUUUGUGCUUCACACUUUUCAUUAGAUGCAUUCGAGCCUUGAUUUUGUUUAUAAAAUUGUGUGUUCAUGUUUGGUGUCAUUUUCUGUUGAUUUAAAGGAAUUUCAUGCUCGUAGCUAAAUGGAGAGCGUAGUCAGUAUGCUCCCAAGUGACAAUCCCGCCACUUACUGUCGAUUGUGCUUUGUGGAGAAAAACCUGAUACCGUUAUUCCCAGAACCCGACCGUGAUGGAUCCAAACACUCGUUGAUGCAUCAAAUAUCGCAAUGCAUUGGGAUUCAAAUCGAACCGGAAAUGGAUGGCUCUUGCUCAAUCUGUUGGCGCUGUGCAGUGGUUCUGGAGGACUUCCAGUUGCUUCGCCAGCGCAGCCUGGAUCAUGAUGCAAUCAUUCGGAACAGCCGAAAGGGACACGCGUUCGAGAUAGUACCUGUUAAAGAGGAACAUGACGAACCGGGAUUAAUGUUCGUCGAUCAGUUUGAACCAACAGCAACGUCGAGUUCAUGGGUCAAUGGUAUUGAGAAGGGUGUGGAAGUGGCAGCUGCAUUCAACAACCAGAACAGUGAUUCUAAUGAUAUAUGCUACGAAGGUGUAACGAAUAACGACGUACCCACAUGUAACUUUUGUUCAAUUGAGUUUAAAACACGGGCAUCAUUGAACCUCCAUUGUAAGGAACAACACUCGAAUGGAAUACGGCCGUUUCCAUGCGCGCUUUGUCCGGCGCACUUUAAGCGUAAGGGACAUUUGGAACGUCACCUGGAAACGCACACCGGAAUUAAAAGGUAUGCUUGCAAUGUUUGCGAUGCAAGCUUCGCCAGGGCAAAAACACUGGAUCGCCACAUGCAAAGCAAGCAUAAAAACGUUCCCUAUUCUACAAAGAAACCAGCUUCCGAAAGGGCUCCCAAUCACACCAUGAAGUGUCCUUUCUGUACGGAAAAGUUUGAUAGCGACCAGCUUCUGAACACACAUAUUAAGUCCCACAAGGAUAGUUUGCCACAUGUUUGUCACCUUUGUGAUGCUCGAUUUGCACAAAUGUUGGGGUUGACGAUUCACAUGAGUAAAUUCCAUCCGGAAGUAUCCAGCCAGUAUAACGCCAACGUGCCACCCAAGAUGAAGGUGAUGCCUUCCGGGCAAAAGUUGGAUUGUGAAUUAUGUCCGAGAAAAUUUAACAAAUUUAAACACCUCAAGGAGCACAUGGAAGCUGUUCAUAGGGUGAUUGUGCCAGAUCUUGAGAACAAUGAAUCAAAUUAUCUUGAAAUUUCCGAAAUAACGUCACAGGAUGAACUACCCUUAGAAUUUAAAACGGAGAUUGAGGACACUCAGUUGCAGGAAAAACAACCUGAUGAAUAAAAAAGUGUAUUUAAAACUAUCAAA